ACGGUGACGCAUCGGUGGGCGCGCGGUUGGGUGGCGGUGGGCGCGCGCCGGCGGCGAUGCGGUAGCGGCGGUUGGAGUGGCGGGGACCCCGGGAGGCGACCAUGACCCAGCAAGGCGCGGCGCUGCAGAACUACAACAACGAGCUGGUCAAGUGCAUUGAAGAGCUGUGCCAGAAGCGGGAGGAGCUGUGCCAGCAGAUCCAGCAGGAAGAAGAGGAGAAGCAGCGGCUGCAGAACGAGGUGCGGCAGCUCACUGAGAAGCUGGCCCGAGUCAACGAGAACCUGGCCCGCAAGAUCGCCUCCCGGAACGAGUUCGAUCGGACCAUCGCAGAGACCGAGGCCGCCUACCUCAAGAUCCUGGAGAGCUCCCAGACUCUGCUGAGUGUCCUGAAGAGGGAAGCAGGGAACCUGACCAAGGCCACGGCCUCAGAGCCGAAGAGCAGUGUGGGCAAGGACAGCUGACAGGGCCCCAGGUGGGGAGAGGCCUGUCUCCACCUCCUCCACUGACAGUGUGGUCUCCAGCGGGUCUGUCUGCAAAGCGGCAGCUGCCAAUCUCCACGGCCCCUGGGCGACCAGGCCCUGGGGCAGCCCACCAGGUGGGAGGGGCCCUAGCCAUGUGCUAAAGCAGACAAUGGGGAGGGUGGGCUCUGGCUGUGCUCUGCUGGGGGCCAGGAGCCCCCACCCCCUCACUGGGCCACGGGGAGGCCCUGCUUCUGGUCUCUCAGCAUUGUGGGAGAGCCCUCGUGUCCUUCUGCCAGCGGGUGCCCAGGCCUGGCACCUGGGCAGGGACAGGAGCCCUCCUUCAUCCCCGAGUUCACACUGGUGGCUGUGACUGUUAAUAAAGGUUGUGUUUUUAAAGAUU